AUGGGCCAAUACGACAGAAAAGCCCAAUCGGCACGAAAACACGGCCCCAUCCUCAGCAGCAGCACCUCAAAAGCCCCCUCAAAACCUCCACCAGUGUCCAAGCCCGAAUGGCGCGGCUCAGGCUACACACCCAAAGCAAAGCCAAAACCUCAUUUGGAUGCUCCCAAGCCUAUCCCCUCUGCCCAACACCAGUUUCCUCCUACAGAGUUGCAACAAUUGGUGCUGAAUAUCUUCAAAGAUGGAUUUGGAGAAAAAUUGAUGGAUUUUGAGGAAUUGAAAACAGUGUUGAGGGAGGUCAAUGAGAAGGUGUCGGUGAGGGAGUGGGAUGAGGCUUUGGGAACGGAGGAGAAGAGGGAGGCGUUUGCGGUUAGGUGGAGUCCGAGUAGGGCGUUGGCUUAUGCGAAUGUGGUUGCUGAGCUGUGUAGACGGGGCGAAGAAGAGGAGUGGAGUGUUUUGCCUUCUUCUGAUGACGAAGCGCAAAAGACGAUAAAGGCUGUUUGUUUUGGUGGCAAUGCUGCUGAGGUGAUGGCGUUUGCUGCGUUACUGAGGUACUUGAGGCCAUCUGCAGCAGGUAAACCGCGGACGGAGUCGGAUGAAGGCCCACUACCGGAGAAAUCACAACCACACCUGGACAUGACAAUCAUCGACUCCGCGGACUGGAAACCCGUACUCGACAAACUCCUCUCUGCAACAACCACUCCACCCCUGCUCUCAAAAUACGCCUCAGCAUCCGCCCGUGCCUCCAACCACGCUCUCCUCACUCCCUCUUCCUUCACCCUAACAUUCCAACAAAAUGACAUCCUCACUCUCACCGGAAAACAACUCAUCGAUACCAUUGGCAGCACACCCUGUCUCACAACCUUCUUCCUCACACUCGGAAACCUUUAUAAUGCAAGCAUCCCUAAAACCACUGCUUUCAUGUAUAAGUUGGAUGCAGUUUUGGCUGUAGGAAGUAUUCUGCUUGUCAUCGAUGUCAUUGGUAGCUCGGUCCCUUCGCCUUCUGCAGCAACCGCAGAUCCCGAGUCUGAGGAAGCUAAACCAUAUACUUUAUCUUGGCUACUCGAUCGCGUAUUGCUAGGUAAACCAGCAGAAAAGGUGCCUACACAGGGCAGAGGCAAGAAAGUGGUAGAAGAGGAAGAAGCGAACAAACCAGUGGUGAGAUGGGAGAAGAUUGUUGCAGAGGCUAUGAAGAUCAACAGGUUAGAUGAGAAGCUAAGAUAUCCGGGCAGUCUAGAAAACGUGAAGUACCAGGUUUUAGCAUAUAGGAGGGUUUGA